AUGAAAGGGUUUCAGAAAUGUAGUAGACGAUUUCAACAUAGUGCUAUACCCUUUGACAUCACUAGGAUCCCCAAUUUUACCAAGUAUUCGGCUGUGAAGCCUAUAAAUGAAGAGCUAGCUCCCUAUGUCGUUGAGACUAUGAAGGCAUUCCCCUCCAGAUCUAAACAUGUUAAUCAACAGCACUACUAUCAUAAUUGGGAGGUAUUAAUUAAAUCUUACGCACAAAAGAGGCCACACCCCAUGUCGCUGACGCAACUGGCUCAGUACUAUGACGAUUCCACUAAAUUAACCAAGCAAAAGAUAAUCAAUUCAGGUAAAUUUGUGAGGGAAGAACUGGCCAUUAGAAUGGCGCAUAAACUGAGUUUACUUCAACAAUUACCGUUUUGCGUGGUGAAUAAUUUCCAUUUCGUUCAAGUCUAUGAAUCUUACUACAAUAUAUUUGAGAGAUUUAGAAAAUUCCCACAGAUCCAAACACUGGAAGACAAUUCUAGAUUUGCAGACUUCUCCAGUCGGAUUCUAAGGGAUUAUAACACUCUAAACUUACCCCAUCUAGUGAUGGGGGCACUUGAGUGUACCGCACUUGGUCUUUACCCACAGGAUAAGAUGGAUGCGUUACUAUCAGACCUUUUGAGAGCGCGUAUUUCAAGAAGAUUGAUUGUUGAGGAGCAUGUUAGCAUUACGAAUAAUUAUCUAAGUGGUAAGAAGGAAAACAAAUUGGUUUUAGGGGAUAUUUUCCAAAAAUGUGCCGCUAAGGAUUACAUAUUAGACGCAAGUCGAGCCUGCCAACGAUUUAUCCAAGACAUGUACUACGACAAAGUUCCACUUCCGGAAUUGAUAAUUAAUGGUGAUGUUGGAUUAAAAUUUUAUUUCCUACCUAUUCAUCUGAGGUAUCUAUUGUACGAGAUUUUGAGAAAUGCUUAUGAAGCCACUACGAAGGAGUUUAUUAGACGAGGGUUAGACAGACCAGAACCAAUCGUAGUCACCAUCAUCCAGAACAGGGAAUCCUUUUUGUUUAGAAUUUCUGACAGGGCAGGUGGAUUUCCCUACAACGACAGAAACAUAUGGUCAUUUGGUAAAUCCAAGGAAAAGGCCCGCGAAUCAUUAUCUAAUUUCCACAAAUUACCAGGCCUGCAAACCGUAUCUAUCUAUGACCAUUUGGAACCUAAUGAAAAUACACCUUCACUGAAUAAACCUUAUAUGAACACAUCAUUGGAUCCCUUGGAUCAUUCGAGUCUCACAGAUAGUGGGUUACAAUUCGAAAAACCACUAGUUAAACUUUUAGAGAGAUCUCAUCGCUACAAACUGGGAAUUGGGUUAGCCAUGUGUAAGGUUUACGCAGACUAUUGGAAUGGUGAUUUGACAUUACAUUCAAUUCAAGGUUACGGUACGGAUGUGGUAUUAAAAUUGGGAAAUCUAAUGAAUCAUACGAGCAAAUUGCAAAUGGACAGGGUAUGA